CCCCAUUGCAAUGUAAGACGCCUCUCCACGAUGCGCUCCGAAGCAUGCUGGCCAUGCCGCGAACGCAAAGUGAAGUGUGACGCCGACACGACCGGCAUUCCUUGUGCUCGAUGUUCCUCGUCUGACCGCACGAACGAAUGCUUCGUGCCUCCACGCCAAAGGCGCCGGAUACUGAAUCGCACACGGCGCAACAAGAAGACAGCAACCAGGACGAGACAGAAUGCGGAACCAGCAGCGGAUAUCUUGGACUUCGAUCAUUUGCCGGAAAGCACGACGCGUGAAGAAGCUGAAACUGAGGAACUGACGCCCCAGCAUACGUCUGAUCCGCAGCCGCCGCCUCUCAGCCAGGGCCUAUCGCCCGCUCUAGGUGACGACAUGGAAUUACAUUGGGGCCAACCUCUCGAGACUUCCACUCCAGAAACGAAUGAAGACGAUGUCAUGGCACGGAUAUGCCAAAGGAUCGCCUCAGGUAAGGUAAAGCCGCCCACAAGGUCCUCGCGAAGGAUCUGGAGGUCGAUGGAAUAUCAAAACAGUUUCAACGCGACCGGGAUCUUGGGCGAGGCACUAGCAAGGCACGAGUCCUGCAGAUUGAUAGAAAUUGCGCCAAAGGAGCCUGCGGCCGAGCGGAGUCAGCGAGAUCUCGAACUCAUGGGUCUUGAUGAGCACGACAUUUCGUUCUUAUCAGCCAAAGGCGCUUUCGAGCUGCCUCCGGAUCAAGCAUGCCAGGAGAUGUUCAAGGUCUACUUCCAUUAUGCUUUCCCAUAUGCCCCCGUAGUGGACCGUGGAGAACUCCUUGCAGCAUACGAUCGGCGUGAGCACUCUUCGUUCCUGCUCCAAGCUUUGCUAGCCAACGCAGUGCCCUAUGCGAGCAAAGAAUUGGUCGAAAAAUGUGGCUAUCCUACUCACGCCGCUGCCCAAAAGUCUUUCUACCAACGUGCCACACUCCUGUACGAUUUCAAUUGUGAGAAAAGCCAACUCGCGCUGCUACAAGGCUCCUUACUCCUUGGUACUCAAUGGGUUUCGUAUUUCUCUGACAAAGACUUUACAUUCUGGGCAUUCAACGCUGUCCGGCUGGCCACCCGAAUGGGCAUUCACAGAAAACACAUAGAGGAUGAGCUGGACCCCAAAUCUUACGCGCUCCUGAAGCGCAUCUUUUGGGUUAUAUAUAUCCGUGACGUUUUGACUACUAUCUCGGGUCUCGACAAUGCCCGACUUGUGCGGUCGAAGCAGUGCGACACUCCUACGCUGACCGUUGACGAUUGGCCAGACGACGAAACGAGCUGUCCAGAUUACCUUGAUCGAUUGCUUCCGCCUGUGGAAAUGUACCACAAGCAGUUCCUCAUCCAAAUGGCUGCUCUCGCGCGCAUUGGGAGUGCGGUUCACAGCGCACUGCUUGCCCUCCAGCGUCACAGUCUAGACGACAAGCAAGUCUCGGAUCUACAAGAUGCGAUUUUCGAAUGGCGAUUGGCGCUGCCACGUGAGCUGCGCGUCGAAUCUGUGAAGUCCUGGAGGCAGGAAGGGGUAUGGGUUCUGGUCCUGAUGGCAUGGUGUUACCGGAUGGAAUGCAUGUUUUACCGCGCAUUGCGCAAGCCACAUCAUCCUACCGCUCCCGAAUGGGCUGCCAUUACAGAGCGACUUCACGCCUCCCUCUUUGAGCUUGAUACUGUCACUCGACGGGCAGUAACUCACCAGGUCUGUUCACUGGUUCCCAUGUCCUUCUCAACUGCAGUAGCAACCAAUGUCGCGCUUUGUAUCGAAAUGCUGCUCAACCCUGGCUUGACCACAAGCGACAAGCUUAUGUGUGAAGAAGCAAUUCGAACAGGCACAGCGUGUCUAGUCGAACAACAAGAAUCUCGGCCCUGCCUGACCUGGAUGCUGAGACUUUUUGACUGGGCUUUUACGCACUCUGGACUAUGCUUUACAUCUGGUGCUGUGGAUUUUGGUGUGCAAGACCGCUCGGCGAAUUCGACCUCCCCAAACGGAGGCAGACCCACGCAGGAUUCAUGGUCUGUUCUGCUCGCCCCUGAGACAAUGUCGAGUCUCUUCCAGAUGGAUUCUGGGGUGCUCUCUGGCGCAGAUUGGCCGGAGUGGCUCACUAGUUGACUGGACUUGGGAAAGCCGCUGUAAGCAUGUCACGGCAUUGAUCAUUGCAAUUCUCAUGGCGACAAACGAAGAAGUGCAGCAUUGCAAGGUGUCUUGGUCAAAUUUCGCGGCGAAUACCUUUACGACGCUGAUGCUUCCCCGUUGCUGGUCCGCCCUCCACCAUCCUCGACGUCCAUGUGAAAUGGCGGCGGCUGCUGAUCAGUGCGCCCAUUAAGCAAUCCCAUAUACCAGGUCAGAU